AUGCAGAAGGCUUUGCAACAAAUCCUGACCACAGGAGAGCGUCCCCUGAGGAUAAAUUUCAUCCGAAAAUACGUUGAUGAUCUCCUCCUCGCAGUGCACAAGGACGAUGUAUGCAGGAUACUGGAGAUUUUCAAUGCCUUCCACACACGCAUCCAAUUCACCAUGGAGAUUGAGGAGCAGGGAACACUGGCAUAUCUAGACCUCAGAAUCCACCGUAUGGAGGGAGGACAGAUGUACACUACCUGGUACUCAAAGCCAUGCGCAUCCCAUCGAAUGCUGAAUUACAGUAGCGCACACUCAAAACGAACUGUCAUAAAUGUAGCAAGAAAUUUUAUUAGAAGGGUGACCUCCCUGACCACAAAACCGGGGGUAAACAAUACAGGCACCAUCGAGGAGAUACUGAAGCUCAAUGAUUUCCCACGAAGGGUGAUCAACCAUCUCAUGAGGCGGGAAACCGUGGACAGGGAUGUGGAGAAUGCCACUGAAUCCGGCAGGAGAGGCACACAAUGUCAGUACUUCCCAAUCACAUACAUGCCGGGAACGGCAGAAAAGAUGAAAAAGAUAAUCACAUCCACCACGGGAUGUGGAGUUGCCUUCUCUAUGUCCGGGAAGAACAACAGAUACUUCUCCCGCGUAAAAGACCCAGUACCAAAGCUCUCCAGGUCAGGUGUGGUGUACUCUAUUCCAUGUGCAGACUGCCCAAAACGCUACGUGGGUCAAACAAAACAAUAUUUAAAAAUGAGAAUAGCACAACAUAAAAGAUCAUGCAGGGGACCGGAAGUGACUGGCGAACAGGAUGGGCAGGAGGAGGACAAUAAAACAGCACUAUGGAAGCAUUGGCAUACCACUGGGCAUAUGUUCAGAUUCGAUGACGUGGAGAUCCUGGAUACCCAAAGACACUACACAAGGCGUCUGAUCACAGAGAUGCUCCACAUACAAGAGAAUCUUCCCCUGCUGGUGAAUUCCAGGAGGGAUGUGGAGAGGCUCAGCAGUGUCUACACAAAUCUCAUCGCGCUAAACAAAACAUCAACAAAUAGACGGAGGGGAAGACAAACUCAACGAAACACAUCGAUGAAUGAACGUCAAAUGGAAAGGGGAAAUGACACAGCGGAGAAUUGA